UUGUUUUCUAAACGAAGGACAAACAUCUGCUCAAUCUCGUAGUUUUUAAUAAAGAUUCAGUCGGUUUUUAUGCGUAGCUGAGUGAUAGUGUAACCUCUUCGACUUUGUUAUCUCUUCCAAAUGGCAUCCUCUUUGUAUGUUCCUCAGUUCGUGAAGCACCUUGACUGUAUAGAUUGUUCUGUUGAUGAAAUGCCCAUCCCCUCAAGCUUUUCAAGCAGAUUUGGUCAUCGGGUUACUGAUUCAGUCAAGCUCAAGUUUCGUAACGGUUAUAAGAUUCGUGUGACCUUCGACCGGGAUGGGAGUGAGUUCUUAGGCAUGCAUGACGUUUUUGUCGAUUUCGGGUUAUUUGGCGGGGAAGUGCUUAUUUUUCAAUUAUGUAGAAGGGAUUGUUUCAAAGUUUAUAUCAUUGGUGUUGAUUGUUGUGAAAUUGAAUACCCGGCAAUUGUUCACUCUGCUCAGAAAUGUACUCCUGAAACUGUGUGUGUUAGGCCUGAUGGUUGGAGGUUUGUAAAACAUCUCAAUCUUGCUAAUGGUUUCGGUGAUGCAGUGGUUCCACCACAGUCUUUUCUUGGGAAGUUUGCUGCUACGUUGCCUACUCGUUUUAAAUACUUCCUUAACAAUGGUGCUGAGUUUAGAGGCCACUACAAUAGGCAGGAUGGCAUAUUGACUGGUUUAAGUUCAAUUCCUGAAUACCUACGUUUGGAGGAUUUGAAUUUCUUUGAUUUGGUAGUUUUCAGCUUUGAUAACCUCAAGGAGUUUGAUGUAACUUGUUUUGAUGGUCGUAAUGUGGAGUUGGUGUUUCAUACCUAUACGAUACACUCGGGUGCGAUGCUGCAGUCCAUCAGGCCUCCUUCAUUUUUUGCGGUGGUAGUCCAGCCAUUUCAUAUGCUGGAGUACUGUCAUGGAGUGGAUAUUUCUGCGGAGUACAGAACUCAUACUGAUUGGUGGGGCAAAAGAGAAGAAAUCAGCAUCUUCAGAGGUCGUCGUUGUUGGGAGCUUGAGAUUCGUAAGCGUGCUGAUAAUAAGAGGACAACGAUCCACGAUGGUUGGAUACAAAUGCGUGAUGAUCUUCAGCUUGAAGUUGGUGACACUUGCUGGUUCAAGUGGAAGGAUGAGUCAUAUCAUCGGUUCACGGUGGUUGUAGAGAAGGCUUCUGGUUGAUGGUGAAUAUAAUAUCUGAACUUUGUGCUACGUUUUUAAGCGUGUAUCUUUGUUUUCGAACAAUAUUCUAUUGACUGAUUAAUGUCUAUGAAUAUUUGGUACAC